UCUUGCAGGCCGAAGAGCACGGGGGGCUGGUGAGGGAAUAAGCCGCCGCCGUCUUCCGAGGGCAAGGCAGAGGCCCGGGGCGAACGAGACGUCGGAGGGGGGGAGCCGGACGGCGCGCCCGGAGACCUCGGCCGCCUGCGCCAAAGCCACACAAGGAGGGCACAGGGCAGCUGGAGCGCGAGAGCCCGCGGCCGCCGCAGCCGCCUGGCGCCGAGGGCCGGCCGUCAGCGACGGGGAGGAGGGCGGCGGCGGCGAGCCGGCCGCUGGCGAGGAGCUGCCGGAGCCGCGGUCGCGGGCGCCGAGACUUCGUGGAGGCCACUCCGCCCAAGUGAACCCGUGGACUAAGAACGCGUUGCCGCCGGUCCUGGCCACCGUGAACGGACAGUCUCCUCCAGAACAUGCUGCUCCGGCCAAGGUGGUGAGGGCAGCAGUUCCUAAACAGCGCAAAGGUAGCAAGGUUGGUGACUUUGGAGAUGCAAUCAACUGGCCAACACCUGGAGAGAUAGCCCACAAGAGUGUGCAGCCACAGUCCCACAAGUCUCAGCCUGCCCGCAAGCUGCCACCCAAAAAGGACAUGAAGGAACAGGAGAAAGGAGAGGGGAGUGAUAGUAAGGAGAGCCCGAAAACCAAAUCAGAUGAAUCGGGGGAGGAGAAGAAUGGGGACGAGGACUACCAGCGAGGCGGGCAGAAGAAGAAAGGGAACAAACACAAGUGGGUUCCGUUGCAAAUAGACAUGAAGCCUGAAGUGCCCAGAGAGAAACUGGCCUCUCGCCCUACUCGCCCGCCGGAGCCACGACACACACCUGCCAACCGCGGGGAGAUCAAAGGGUCUGAGCCUGCCACCUACGUGCCCGUGCCCGUGGCCCCCCCCACCCCAGCCUGGCAAGCAGAGACCAAAUCGGAGCCUGCCUGGCACGACCAGGAUGAGACAUCGAGUGUGAAGAGUGAUGGGGCUGGUGGGGCGCGGGCUUCCUUCCGUGGCCGUGGACGGGGGCGUGGUCGCGGCCGGGGACGCGGCCGGGGUGGCACUCGAACCCAUUUUGACUACCAGUUUGGCUACCGAAAGUUUGAUGGUGCAGAGGGGCCGCGCACCCCCAAGUACAUGAACAACAUCACCUACUACUUUGACAAUGUCAGCAGUACUGAGCUUUACAGCGUGGACCAGGAGCUGCUUAAAGACUACAUCAAGCGCCAGAUUGAAUACUACUUCAGCGUGGACAAUUUAGAGCGAGACUUCUUCCUGCGACGGAAAAUGGAUGCUGACGGUUUCCUUCCCAUCACACUUAUUGCGUCCUUCCACCGAGUACAGGCCCUUACCACUGACAUUUCACUCAUUUUUGCGGCCCUAAAGGACAGCAAGGUGGUGGAGAUCGUUGAUGAAAAAGUCCGCCGGAGGGAGGAGCCAGAGAAAUGGCCUCUUCCUGGUCCCCCAAUAGUGGAUUAUUCCCAGACUGAUUUCUCCCAGCUUCUCAACUGCCCAGAGUUUGUCCCCCGCCAGCACUAUCAGAAGGAGACAGAGUCGGCGCCUGGCUCUCCCCGUGCUGUCACCCCAGUGCCAACUAAAACAGAGGAGGUCAGCAACCUAAAGACCCUGCCCAAGGGCCUGUCUGCCAGCCUCCCUGACCUGGAUUCUGAGAACUGGAUUGAAGUGAAGAAAAGGCCUCGGCCCUCCCCAGCACGACCCAAGAAGUCAGAGGAGCCCAGGUUCCUCCACCCGACCACUCUGCCUCAGCAGCUGCCCUCUCAGCAGCUGACGUCCAAGGAUCAAGACGAGCAAGAGGAACUGGAUUUCCUGUUUGACGAGGAAAUGGAGCAGAUGGAUGGGCGGAAGAACACCUUUACCGCCUGGUCUGAUGAGGACUCUGACUACGAGAUUGAUGACCGGGAUGUCAACAAGAUCCUCAUUGUCACCCAGACACCACCUUACAUGCGCCGGCACCCGGGGGGGGACCGCACAGGCAACCACACCUCGCGUGCCAAGAUGAGCGCUGAGCUGGCCAAGGUCAUUAACGACGGGCUUUUCUACUACGAGCAGGACCUGUGGACUGAGAAGUUUGAACCCGAGUAUUCCCAGAUCAAGCAAGAAGUCGAGAACUUCAAGAAAGUCAACAUGAUCAGUCGGGAGCAGUUUGACACACUAACCCCUGAGCCCCCUGUGGAUCCCAACCAAGAGGUCCCUCCUGGACCACCUCGCUUCCAGCAAGUUCCCACUGACGCCCUGGCCAACAAGCUGUUCGGUGCCCCCGAGCCCUCCACCAUUGCCCGCUCUCUACCAACCACUGUCCCAGAGUCGCCAAACUAUCGCAACGCCAGGACCCCUCGCACUCCCCGGACACCGCAGCUCAAAGACUCAAGCCAGACGUCACGGUUUUAUCCAGUGGUGAAGGAAGGUCGGACGCUAGAUGCUAAGAUGCCUCGGAAAAGGAAGACCAGACACAGCUCGAACCCACCCUUGGAGAGUCACGUGGGCUGGGUGAUGGAUUCCCGCGAGCACAGGCCCCGGACUGCUUCCAUCAGCUCCAGCCCCUCAGAAGGCACGCCUGCGGUUGGCAGCUAUGGCUGUACCCCUCAAUCGCUGCCCAAGUUCCAGCAUCCUUCCCACGAGCUGCUCAAGGAAAACGGCUUCACACAACACGUCUACCACAAGUAUCGUAGGCGCUGCCUUAACGAGCGGAAACGCUUGGGCAUUGGCCAGUCUCAGGAGAUGAACACUCUCUUCCGCUUCUGGUCCUUCUUCCUCCGAGAUCACUUCAACAAAAAGAUGUAUGAGGAGUUCAAGCAGCUGGCUCUGGAGGAUGCCAAAGAAGGCUACAGAUAUGGUUUGGAGUGCCUUUUUCGAUACUACAGUUAUGGCCUGGAAAAGAAGUUCCGGCUGGACAUAUUUAAGGACUUUCAGGAGGAAACUGUGAAGGACUAUGAAGCUGGUCAGCUGUAUGGGCUGGAGAAGUUCUGGGCCUUCUUGAAAUAUUCCAAAGCCAAAAAUUUGGACAUUGACCCCAAACUUCAAGAAUACCUCGGCAAAUUCCGACGUCUUGAAGACUUCCGAGUGGAUCCCCCCAUGGGUGAGGAGGGCAACCACAAGCGACACCCAGUGGCAGCAGGAGGUGGCAGCGGCGAGGGCAGGAGGCGGUGCCCCUCCCAGUCUUCCGGCAGGCCCUCCGCCGUGGUCAGCCAACCCCCCACACCAGCUACUGGCCAGCCCAUCCGAGAAGACGCUAAAUGGACAAGCCAGCACUCGGACACACAGACUUUGGGAAAGUGAAAAACCCUUCAGCCCUGGGGUUUUGUGGGGAGAAGGGAUGGAAGGGGUAGGUGAGAGUCUGUGGGGGUGCCCAGUCCCAGGAGAGGGGACAGAGAAGGGACAGGCCAGUAGUCAUUAGGAUGGGCCUUCGUGCUGAGUAGCAGUGUGUACACCAUUUGGGCUCUCAGAGGCGCCCCUGGGCAGGAGCCUCCACACACCCCCUCCCUCUUCUCUCUCCAUGGCUCUUCUUCACAUCCUAGCUUCUUCUGAGGGGUGGGGGGGGGAGGGUAAGGGGGGAAAUUUUUUUUAUAUAUAUAUAUAUAUAUAUAUAUAUAUCAAGUUUUAAAUUAUUGAUAGUUCGUCUGGAUUACCAAAAUCACUCUGCAGCCCUGCCCGCGGCUGGUAGGCCCGCAAACCCUGGUCCCCAUCCACAGCUGCCUCCUGCUCCCCCUCCAGCCAACUAUGCAGCCACAGAAGGCCCUGUGGGCCCCAUUGCCCAGCACUGUUUCACAGAAGGCUCUGGCAGCGUCCCUGGGCCCACGAGCACCAGCCCCUUGAUCUCUGGGCUUGCCAUCACCUUGUUCUCUCCCUGCUCUCCCUACCACGCCCUCCUGCCAUCUUCCGGGAGAAGGAAACCAAAGGAUCUAGAAGUGGGGGUGGGGAAGGUUUCGGCCUCUCUCCACUCCCCUCCCCCCAUGCCCCUUACUCCCCAGCCCAGAGAGACGCUGCUCAUACCAGAAGAGACUAUUGAAAGAUGAUUUAUUUUAUUUUUCUCUGACCUUUCCAUCCUUGGGAAAAUGGAAAAGAAAAAAAGAAAAAAAAAAAAGACAAAAUCGACCAUAAAAGACCAAAAAAAACCAUCAGAAAACCCCCACCUAAUCCACAGAAAGUGAUGUCUUUCCCCUACCCUUGGAAUUUUCUUGUUUUGUUCUUGGAAAUAGUAUUUUUUUAAAAGUUGCCUUAUUGUGGAGUGGGAAUCUGAAAUACCCAAAUGCCUGUUUUCCUCGGUGGAGUCAACUCGAAGAGCUCCCACCUUCUCUGGAUGUGCCUGGGCUGGAUUGACUAGAAUCUGUCUCUGGAUUGAGUUGCAUGUACAGUGCCUCCUGCCUGUAGGCAAGAGAGUUGGGGGCGGCUCAGAUCGGAGCCGUGCCCAAAAUAUCUCCGCUGUUGCAUCAUUUGAAGCUGACGUCCCGUGUCUGUACACUGCUGCCACUGUCGUGUCCUUGCUCUGCUUGCUGUUGCCUCACGCCAGGGCCCGUCCUGCCGUGACACUCUUCAUCCUACCCUUGGAACGCCAAGGCCAAUUUUGCUUCAGACUGUUGGAGGACAGCAUUGGCCUGGGUCUGGGACACACUUGUGCUCAGCUUGACUGCCUCCCCCACCACAGAGGGGAAAGGUGAACACUUGGCAGCUGAGGCUUGGAAACUUUUCUUGCGUUCCCUUGAUAGAUCUCUGAGACCUCAAGGAGGCUUUGUCUCUUAAAAGGUGGAGAGAGAUGCCAUUCUCCUCCCUUGGGCCGGGUGGGUAUCCCCAUCUUGCGUCCCCCCUCUGCAAGCCAUCUCUGCCCACCCUCCAGUUGACCCCGCCUGGGAACGAGAGAUUGAGGAGGCUUUGAGGGUGGGGGGAAUCCUGCCAGUUGGAGAAGCCCUGUGGCAGGAAGGUAUAUGUGGACAUAGA